AUGCUGAUUCAAUUUAAGGAUAUAAGUACUAUCACUGUUUUAUCACACAAAGGUAAAGCCAUUGACAGACUUGCUAUACGCAGAUGGAAAUGCACCACUACAGUUAAUGAAAAAAAACAAGAAACUAGAUUUAAAGUGAACUGGUAUUAUGCCAUAGAUAAACCUAAAAAUAAAAUUGUUACAAAUUCAACAAAGUUAAACGAUGAAAAUUUACCCAGAAAGUUUAAAAUGUUUACUAAAUUCGACUCUGGUUUAUUGGAGAAAAGUUAUCUGAAUUAUAUCCAAAAAUUUAAUAAUAGUGAUUUCAAAAAAAAUGUUUCAGUCCAUUCUGAGGAGAACAUCAACAAUAAUAUAUCAAACAGUAUUGAAGGCUAUGGCAAUGACAAUAGUAAUUCAACAUAUAUGCCAGAUUUAUCUUUUGGUGCACAAGAACCAAAUGAUGAGCUCAAAGUACUAGUAAAUGAAGACAAUCUUUUUUUGGUAGAUAUUCAUAAUUGGGAACUUAAACCCGUUUAUUGGGAUGGCCCAAGUUAUGAAGUCAGAAGAGGGUUAUGGUUUAAAAAUGACGAGUACCCAAUUAAUGCCAAGUCGAUGAUUCAGAUUGAAUCGCAUUACCAGCAUUAUCUGCUGAAAAGAUCAAAGGAGAAUGUUAAUAGUGAUACAGACAACCAGUUUUAUCCUGUUUAUUUAAAUUUGAAAUAUUCAAGUGAUUAUUUAAUUAGUAAAAGCAAUUUGCCAUAUAGCAAUUUAACAGAACAAGGCUUCAAAUCUUCAGAAAAGUUUAGCAAGAAAGAGCAGCAAUUAAUGGACCGGAAUAAAGAUUUAAUUAUUAUGGAGCCUAAAAACGAUAAACCGACUCAUUAUGUGGUAUUCCUUGAUGACUUAAACACUGCAUAUUUAAUUCCAUCUUCUCAAAAAGAUUUAUUUAAAGCACGGAUUCCUUUUAAUUUAUUAAAAUCUGGAUUGAUUAAUGUCGGUAUAACUAAAAUGCAAAGAGUGAAAAAGCCUUUAUUGGGUGGUAGCGCUGCUAGUACUGGAGAUAAUAUUUUUUCUUCAUCUUCUUUCACCAAUAAAAUGGAUAGUAUCUCUGAUUUAAUAUCCUCUCAGAUUACAAAAGAUUGGACAAAUGCUUUGUUAAGGACUACAUCUGUAACAUCAUCUAUAGGUAAAAAUUAUGGGCUAUUGACAAAAGAGCAAAAGGAAAAACAAAAAGAAGAAGAAGAAGAAGAAGAAGAAAAAGAAGCAAAUAAAGAGAUAGAACUGAUGAACACGCAAAUGGAGCAUGAUUACGAAAGCGGAAAAAAUGAUAGAUACGAUGAUGGGAGCAGCAGCAGCAGCAGCAGCAGCAGCGCUGGCACGACGUGUACUCAAAAUAGAACUAUUGAUCAUCUAUGUUUUUGUGUUCAUGGGAUCGGGCAGACGUUGGGAAAGAAGUAUCAGUAUGUUAAUUUUGCACAUACGGUAAACUUACUAAGGAAGAAUAUGAAACAAAUAUAUUCCACCAAUGAAGCUUUGCAAAAAAUAAACCGUGAGAAAGAUUUUGCAGAUUAUAAGGAAAAUUGCCGUGUUCAAGUGUUACCUAUAAGCUGGAGACAAAAUAUUGGAUUUGAUACUAGCUCUGAAAAAAAUCUAAUCUAUAAAGAAUUACCAUCUUUAAAGAAUAUCACUGUGGAUGGUAUAAAACCCCUUAGGAAAAUUCUGGGCGAUGUAGGGUUGGAUAUUUUGCUUUAUGAAGAACUACAUUAUAGGAAGAAAAUUUUGUAUCAAGUUACAAACCAGUUAAAUAACACAUUUAAAAUGUUUAAAAAGUAUAAUCCAGAUUUUAAUGGGAAAGUUAGUAUCAUAGGUCAUUCUUUGGGUAGUCUUAUUGUUUUUGAUAUAUUAUCUGACAAGAACAAUAACACAAAAUACAGAUUAGAUUUUGAUGUUGAUAAUUUUUUUGCGAUAGGUUCACCAAUUGGUGUUUUUAAGUUGAUCCAGAGAAUUAAAAUAGGCAACACAGAUGCCGACGAUGGUUCAAAUAUCAAGAAACAUUUUGAUGAAUAUUAUGGUUAUAACACCGAAGAUGUUAGUACUAGUACCUUAGUUCCUCAUGAGACACCCACCUGCAGGAAUUUCUAUAAUAUAUUUCAUUUGUGUGAUCCAAUAGCGUAUCGUGUGGAACCGUUGAUUGAUAUUAGGAUGAGCUAUAUAGAACAGGAAUUUAUAAAAUCUUCAAGCACAUACCAAUUGGCAGCCAAAAUGUUAAAGCAGAUAAGCGAUACAAAUAUUAUUGGUGCUGUUAGUGAGAACGCAAAAAGUGUUACUGGAAUUGCCAAGGCCUCUGGUGUUAACAAAAGCAAUGACCGUACAAAGGAUUUAGGUGCUUUGAAUACUAGUCAUGAAGAUGAUGAUAGGGACUCUAAAUUUCGUAAGAUCGGUGUUAAAAUCAAUGAUGAAACAGGCGAUUUGGAACUUGAACCAUAUUUAUUGGCGAAGCUUUUAAAAUUGAAUUCUACGGGAAGAAUCGAUUACAGUUUUAAACCUGGAUUUUUAGAUGUUGACUUAAUUAAUGCUAUCAAAUCACAUGUGAGUUACUUUGAAGAUUUAGAUGUGGCUGGUUUUUUGUUAAGGGAGAUGUUGGAUAGUAAAAGUACAAAAGUUAAAAACAAAAAGGUUAAGAUAUUUGAUUUAUAG